AUGAGAGAAUAUGAAGUAGGUAGACAAUUACGAGAACGGUACAAUGAAUUCUUGGGAGACCUUUAUUAUCCAGAAAUUGUGGACGCAAGAAGUUCUGAUUUAGACAGGACGAAGAUGUCAUUAGAACUGGUACUUGCUGGCCUUUUUCCACCGACCGGUUUCCAAACAUGGAAUCCAAAGCUCCCAGCGUGGCAGCCUAUUCCUUGCCAUUAUUUACCAAUAAAUCAGGACAUGGAGCUUGUAGGUUUUGGGUGUCCAAGCUAUAAAGAAGAAUUAAAUAGGGUAAUAGCGUCCGAGGAAGUUAAAGCAGAAUUCGAAAAAUACAGACAUAUAAUUGAUUAUCUGGCAGAGAAUACAGGACAGAAUUACACAUCUUUCAUUGAUACAGUUAUACUCCAUUUGUCAUUGACUGCACAAGCAGAGUUUGGACUGAAAUUGCCGAAAUGGACAGAUGCAGUCUAUCCCAUCAUUACGGAAGAGUUGACUAUUAAAGGAUACCUGACAGGAGCCAGUACUGAUUUAUUAAAAAGACUUGGAGCAGGUUAUCUGGCUAAGAAGAUCAUUCAAGAUACACAAGAAAAAAUAAAUGAGGAACCAUCUAAACACAGCAAGAAGGUAUAUCUAUAUUCAGGCCACGAACAAACCGUGGCCUACUUGUUAAGCUUCCUAGGAAUUUAUGAGCCGCCCCAUAUUCCUGCUUAUGGAUCACACAUCAUAUUGGAAAUUCACGAGAAAGAUGGAGAAUACGGAGUAAAGGUACUUUACCAAGACGACUCACCACGACUUCAUAAUUAUAUCACGCUGCCAGGUUGUGAAGAAUUCUGCCCACUGGACAAAUUUAUGGAAAUGCAUAAAGGUUUGUUACCAGCAGAUACUUCCGAAUGUGGAUACGAGUGAAAAAUUAAUGUGAUUGAUAAA